GAAAGCCCCACAGCAUUGGCAGCUCGGAACGGAUUCAGCUCUCAGGAAUGUACAAUGUUCGAAAAGGGAAAAUACAUUUGCCAGUCAACAGAUGGACAAGACGCCAAGCUAUCCUUUGUGGAACAUGCCUAAUUGUCUCAUCAGUAAAAGAAAGCCAGACUGGAAAGAUGCAUGUCCUCCCUUUAAUUGGUGGAAAAGUGGAAGAAGUGAAAAAGCACCAGCACUGUUUAGCAUUUAGCUCCUCUGGACCUCAAAGCCAGACCUACUACAUUUGUUUCGAUAACUUCACUGAAUAUUUGCGAUGGCUUCGACAAGCAUCAAAGGUUGCAUCACAACGCAUAAGCUCAGUGGAUCUUUCAUGCUGCAGCCUGGAGCACCUGCCUGCCAACCUGUUUUAUAGCCAAGACCUCACUCAUCUCAAUUUAAAGCAGAACUUCCUGAGGCUAAAUCCUAGCCCAUCCACAAAUAGAGCGCUUAGUGAAUUACAAAGAUUCACCAAGUUGAAGAGCCUUAACCUUUCCAAUAAUAAUUUAGGAGACUUCCCACUGUCAGUCUGCAGCAUCCCAACCCUGACUGAACUCAACGUGUCCUGCAAUGCCCUCAGAAGCAUUCCAGCAGUUGUAGGAGAGAUGCACAACUUGCAGACGUUUUUGCUGGAUGGCAACUUUCUCCAGUCCCUUCCUGAUGAAUUGGAGCGUAUGCAUCAGCUCAGCUACCUGAGUCUGUCCUUCAAUGAGUUCACCAACAUUCCAGGGGUGCUGGAGAAGCUGACCGCCAUGGAUAAGCUUUGUAUGUCAGGAAACUGCAUGGAUACCCUGAACUUACAGGUGUUAAAAAGGAUGCCUCACAUUAAACAUGUGGAUCUAAGAUUGAAUUCAAUUAGGAGAUUGGAGGCCGAUGAAGUAGAUUUUCUGCAUCACGUGACCCAGCUGGAUCUCAGAGACAACAAACUUGGGGAGCUGGAUGCAACAGUUUUUAACAAUGUUGAAGUGUUACACUGUGAACGGAAUCAACUGGUAACCCUCAAAAUCAGCGGAUAUUUUCUCAAAGCGCUCUACGCUUCCUCAAAUGAACUUGUUCACCUUGAUGUGUAUCCAGUUCCUAAUUGCCUGGCUUAUAUGGAUAUUUCUAGAAAUCGCCUGGAAAACCUGCCUGAGUGGGUAUGUGACAGCAAGAAACUGGAAGUGUUGGAUGUUGGCCACAAUCAGAUACGUGAGCUGCCUGCCCGGUUGUUUUACAGUAGUAGCUUGCGUAAGCUGCUGGCAGGACAUAACAUGUUAGGAAGGCUACCAGAUCGGCUCGAGCGAACGCAAGUGGAGGUCCUGGACGUGCAACACAACCAGCUCCUUGAACUGCCAUCUAACCUGCUUUUGAAAGCAGACAGCCUGAGAUUUCUUAAUGCCUCUGCCAACAAACUGGAAAUGCUUCCUCCAGCCACUCUUUCUGAAGAAACCCAUAGCAUCUUACAGGAGUUGUAUUUGACCAACAACAACCUCACAGAUAAAUGCGUACCCUUGUUAACAGGCCAUCCACACCUGAAAAUCUUGCACAUGGCUUACAAUCGCCUACAGAGCUUCCCCGCAAGCAAAAUGGCCAAGCUGGAAGAGUUGGAGGAAAUUGAUAUUAGUGGGAACAAACUGAAAGCCAUUCCAACAACCAUCAUGAACUGCAGACGUAUGCAUACUGUAAUUGCUCACUCCAACUGCAUCGAAGUCUUCCCAGAAGUCAUGCAGCUUUCUGAAAUAAAGUGCGUGGACCUAAGCUGCAAUGAACUCAGUGAAAUCACAUUGCCUGAAAACCUGCCUCCCAAACUACAAGAGCUGGACCUGACUGGAAAUCCCAGAUUAGCCUUGGAUCACAAAACGCUAGAGCUGCUGAACAAUAUCCGUUGCUUCAAGAUCGACCAGCCCUCGGCCGGCGAUGCUUCGGGAGCGCCGGCGGUGUGGAGUCACGGUUACACAGAAGCAUCGGGCGUUAAGAACAAGCUGUGUGUGGCAGCACUUUCAGCCAAUAACUUCUGUGACAACCGGGAGGCACUUUAUGGUGUUUUUGAUGGUGACCGCAACGUGGAAGUGCCGUAUCUGCUGCAGUGCACAAUGAGCGACAUCUUAGCAGAAGAGCUGCAGAAAACAAAAAAUGAGGAGGAAUACAUGAUCAACACUUUCAUCGUUAUGCAGAGGAAACUUGGAACAGCUGGACAAAAACUUGGAGGCUCUGCUGUCCUUUGCCAUAUAAAACAUGAUCCCAUGGACCCUGGUGGAUGCUUCACGCUAACCUCAGCAAAUGUGGGGAAGUGCCAAACUGUUCUCUGCCGAAAUGGGAAACCUCUGCCUUUGUCCAGGUGUUACGUGAUGAGUUGUGAAGAAGAGCUGAAGAGGAUUAAGCAGCAUAAGGCCAUUAUCACAGAGGAUGGCAAAGUGAACGGUGUGACGGAUUCCACGAGAAUCUUGGGGUACACCUUCCUUCACCCAAGCGUUGUGCCGCGUCCUCACGUCCAGUCCAUCACCUUAACUCCGCAAGAUGAGUUCUUCAUUCUGGGGAGCAAGGGGCUGUGGGACAGCCUCUCAAUGGAUGAAGCAGUGGAGGCAGUCAGAAACGUGCCUGAUGCACUGGCAGCCGCGAAGAAGCUUUGCACUUUGGCCCAGAGUUACGGCUGCAAUGACAGUAUCAGCGCUGUCGUGGUUCAGCUCAAUGUGACGGAGGACAGCUUCUGCUGCUGUGAACUUAAUGGGGUCCCACCCCCCAGCCCCGGCAUUUUCCCCCAGUCUGUCAACGUGGUCAUCAAGGACAGGCCAACAGAUGCGCUUGGGAUGCCGUCUUCGAGCAGCGGCAUGGCUUCAGAGAUCAGCAGCGAGAUCUCCACCUCCGAAAUGAGCAGUGAGGUGGGGUCCACAGCCUCCGACGAGCCUCCACAGGUAGCCAUGAACGAGAACAGCCCAGCCUACCCGGGGGAGCAGCGCUGCAUGCUGCACCCCGUCUGCCUGUCCAAUUCUUUCCAGCGGCAGCUCUCCAGCGCCACCUUCUCCAGCGCCUUCUCCGACAACGGCCUUGACAGCGACGAUGAGGAGCCGAUUGAGGGGGUGUUCACCAACGGCAGCCGCGUGGAAGGGGCGGUGGACAUCCACUGCAGGCGAGCGAAGGAAAAAAAAAAAAAGGGAAUUCUCAUCCGUGUGGCACCCACUGCUAGUGGAAGAGUAAUCUUGAUGCUGCCAUCUGUGGUCUCUAUUCGCUAUAAGGUGCCUCUGGUACGCUUAUGUGGCACCACCACCUUGUUUGUAACCAGUGCUGUGGUGGCAUUGCCUUCCUCUGGCUUCCUGCUCUUGGAGUGCACCAACUAUGUCCAUGCGUAUGGCUGCCGUCUCCCUUGCUUGAAAACUGCAAGGGCUCCCCCUCGUGUUACCGCAGGAGAGGACCAGAAUUGCUGCAUCUUCACCCGUGGAGGGUGCCGGGGAAACGAGCGCGUCUCGCACCCUUGCGUGCACCCUCGUGUGAAAUCCUGCGGGAACACCAGUGGUCCGGAGAAGCCUUCCCUCAGCGGAGCGAACGGCAGCAAGGCAGCAACGCUGACAUUAGCAGGUAGCUGCUUCGUGCAGGCCGAGGACUCCGGCGUGCGCUGA